GCGGUAGACAGAUUGAGUGGCCGUAAGCCAAGUACAUGUACACGUACGCUGUUGUACGCAACCUUGUUUGAUUCUCGAUUGCUCUUUUUACCUUACUUAGUAAGCGGCUCGAGUGGACUCACAAAUACAUGUGAUAACUAUGGUAGUGUGUCACUUUUUUCUGAGAGGCAAUUGUAAGUUUGGUGAUAGAUGCCGCAAUGAACACCCGCGGGGUGGCAUAGGAGGAGGUUACCCUAGUUACGGAGGCGGAGGUUACCAGAGUUUUGGAGGAAGGGGCAACUUCGCCUACAGUUCCAGGGGUGAUGGUAGCUAUGGCAGCUACGGUCAGCAGCAGUCAAACCACAAUAACCCCUAUGUGUAUCGCAAAGACACCAGCGGAGGCCGUAACUAUGACGGGCGUAGCGAUGGAAGCAACUAUGAUGGGUACGGAGGGGGAGGCACCUAUGGCCGUUCGGGAGGCAGUCAGAAUCGAUUUGGUGUCUUGAGCAACCUUGGCGACCACAUGCAAAAUGGUGACACCAAAGAGCAUGAAAUACUGGACAUCAUCAAGCAGGACGCCAAGGAGUGGGAGGCCAGUCAGAUGUGGCCACUGUCCUGCUACAAGCCGAAUAAAGCCCGGAGCUAUGUGCCUGGAUUUGAGGACAUCUCCCCAGACGAGGUCCGAUACCUGGCCUACACCGCUGAAAAGGAGAACAAAUUUGAUCAACAUAAAGCAACUUUUGCAGCUGUUCUUAACAUUUACAAAAGUCAGCGGGAUGUGAUGCAGAACCCAUCUCGAGACUUAAAAACCCGACUGAUAAAUGCAUUCAGAGGUGCUCCAACAUCAAGCUCUGUCUUUGGCAAUACAGACUCACCCGUGGAAUUAAUGUAUGGCAACAGUACUGUAUCAGGUGGAAGUGGCCAAGCAUUUGGAGGUAGUGGCUUUGGAAGUGCUUCAACUGGCUUUGGGUCUAUGCCUGCCUCAUCUGACACUUCAGGCUUUGGGGGCAGCACCAUGGGGAAAACCUUCACUGGAAACUUUGGGAUCCAGCCAUCGCAAGGACAGGCGGGAGGCAGCGCAAGCACCGGGCUCUUUGGCAAACAGGUCGCAACUGGGUCCACGGGAACCAGACUGUUUGGCAAGCCGGCACCAACUGGGAGCCAGACUGGACUCUUUGGCAAUCAAGCCUCAAGUGGGACAACGGGAGCUGGACUCUUUGGCAAGCCAGCUACAAUUGGAGUAAAUGAUACCGGUGGCAGCGGUGGGAUAGUUGGAGCUGGGGGAAGCAGCAGCCAAGUGGGGCUGUUUGGAAAGCCACCAGCAUCUGGAACAUCUGGGAAUUCUCAGCCAAGCUCCUUUGGGAUGACACAGGUUGAUUUUAGAAGCCCUCAGGGUAGCUCUUGGGGCACAGGAGCCCCCACAAGCCCCCAAACAAGCACUUAUACCCCUCUCAAUGAACUCACAGCCGAGGAGAAGGAGCAGUUUAAGGCCCAGUCCUUCAUGUUGGGGAAAGUACCAACAAGACCACCCCCUAUAGAGUUGUGUAGGUGAUAGAUAAUAGUCUCAUUCAUGAACAUGUACACCAUGUUGUCGCCGUAAUUGAUCAGAGAAACUAUGCGACUGUGAAAACUUAAAGAGGUGUAAAUUUUCCUGUCAUAAGUCAAACAACAGAUAGGCCCCCUAUUGCUUUUUUUCAGCAAUAACAGAAGUACAACAGACCUACACAUAUACUGGCUGUAAAUUUGUGUAGUCUUUUUUAACACCACAAAAACCACCUGUAUUUGUCACAGAUUAAAUAAAUUCCCAAAGGGGAUUCAUCUUUUUCCAGGGGGGUUGCCAUUUUAAAUUAUGUGAUUUCAUUCAUGAAUCUUAUCGGUUAACCUAAGCAACAUGUACUGCGAAAUUGGGUCACUGCCCGCACACCUUUUGUGCUUUGGCAUGAGAUAGGAUUCAGAAUUGAUUUCAAAAUACCAAACAAGUGUAAUGUCUUCACCCUGUGUAUAGUCAAGUGUUUUUAUUGCAGACAUCUCUGAUUUGUACAUCCAAUGAUCCAGUAAACCAGUGAAAUCUGAACAGGUGUA